UGCCGUGUUUCGCGAAUCGUAGAAGAGUCUCAAAGCUGUCUGAGCGCUCUCCUCUGACGUGUGCUUAUCUGUCGUGAUUUCUGGACCCUGAAGCAGCUUAACAACGAUUUGAGGAACGCACGUCACUCGCGACGCGCUUCGCUCAGCACCGAACACCGGCGACCGAGGCGGACGACGUGCAACGCUCCGAUACGCGACAGGAUCUGUAUUCAAUGCAACGCGGCUGACGACCGGAUCGUAUGGAGAGGCUGCUGCGUCCCGAGGAGAAACUAGAAGCUUAUUGUUUAUUUCCGGCAUCCGCUCCGUUCGGUAGGUGACUUCAGACUGGCCUGCCGUGUUUCGCACAUCGUAGAAGAUUCUCGAAGGUGCGAGACCGCUCGUCUCUGCGUACAUUCUGUGAUUUGGGACAACGGAGGAUGGAAAUCGACGACGACGCGAAGUUGGCGGAUUUGCAGCUGCGGCGAACUUCACUCAUCUCUGGACAUCGAACCGAGGAGAAUGGGAUCGACGCCACGUAAAGGGGAAUUUUCGCAAAACAUAAGUGGGACGAUUAUCGUGGCUUUUGGAACGAAGAGAAUUGGCUUGAAACGGAGGUCUGAGCAACGAUUUACUUGGGACAAUGGAUCCCAAUUUAUUCACACUUUUGUGUCUGUUCGCAGCGAUCGUCGCAUCUGUCCGUUGCAAAACAAAGGGUGAGGACGAUGAUCAGCGAGGCAGACUGCCCGAGCUCCUGACGGAACUGGAUCUGGCCAGUGUCGAGGCGUCCCAGGAGGAUGUCGAGUCCUUGAAGACUGUCGUCAAGCGGCUCGCGCCCGCGAAGAAUGGCGAGUACCUAAUGUACCAAGUUUUCUUUGGCAACGAGGACUUGCUCAAGGAGUGGCUCAAGGGCGCGGGAGUCAUGGGACAACCCGGUGUCGACUUUCCCGUUCUGACCACGAUUCCAGCCACGAAAUUCAGCUGCCGAGGCGUCAAGGGUGGCUACUACGCGGAUCCGGAAACGAACUGUCAGGUUUUUCACAUCUGCGACAACGGCAGGAAGAUCUCGUUCCUCUGUCCAAACGGCACGGUAUUCCAACAGUCGCAGCUGAUAUGUGAUUGGUGGUUCAAAGUGGACUGCGGUAAGUCGCCUGAACUAUACGAGCAGAGCGCCGAGCAGCUAGCUGAAGAUGAUCGGAAACGUGCAGAGGCAAAGAAGAUGAACUCGGAGUUCCACAGAGCCAGUGGUAAAAAUACCGGGCAGGUUUACUACCAGACGCAGAACCAGAACGUCGAUUACGAUGGAAGGCAGAACGGACGGACCAAUCCAUUCGGCCAGAAUCAGGAGGCUGAAAAUGAGAGUGGAGAGAAGAACUCGCAGCAGAUCGGAAGAAAUGGGAACCAAUUUGGUCAACAGCAGCAGUCUAGGGGCAGUCAGUCCGCUCAGAGCUACAACUUUAAUCAACAGGGCGAUAGGAAUAUCGAUAACCAGCAGAAUGUUAGACAGAAUUUCAACACUCGAACUGGUCAGGGAAAGCAAGGGGUUAAUUUCCAGGACCACUUUGGUGCCACUUCAAACUCCAACGCUCCCCGAGAUGAAAAGGUGAAUUACAGGAAUCCGAAAGCCUUUGGCGAGUCAAGGAACAACUUUAACGAACUGACGACGACCGCCAGUCCGUUCAGAGAGUACCAACAACCCGCGGAAAGCGCGGCCUUCGCCACGAGUCGAAACAACAGGUACAACAAGGCCUUCCAGUACAACCAGUUCAACAGCUUUUACUCACCAAACCAGGUCAGCAGCACCGAGGGAUACAAGGACGCCUUCGGGCAGAACGGGACGCCUCAGAAAGCGCCGUUUCCGACCUUUGCACCGAUCUUCGUGCCCCGGACGACAUCAACCACGCCAGCUCCCUAUCUCGAAACUACGACUCAAAGAGCUUACGUAAACACCGAUGCUUACCGGUACAACACCGCGACCCAGACGCCAUAUUUGAAUCCUCAAACUGCGAGUUCCGGCCGCCAGCAAAGCUCGGAAACGACGGUGGAGACUUAUACCCAGGGCUACACUCAGACGACCAACUUUCCCUCCACCCAGAGACCGUAUGUCAAUACUGACACGUACAGACUCGGCGGCAGCGGCGGGACAGCAACCGAGGCCUCGACGACGUGGUCCAGCUUUGAUCAAACCACUUCCAGGCACUCCGCAGCCUUUACUACAGAAGGAACAACUCUGACCACUGAACCAUUCAACUCUUACCAAUCCCCGGUCACCGGGAAGAGUUUGAGCCCUUACGAUACGAGCUUCACUUACAAGUACGGCAAGAUCGGAUCCACCAUCGGACCCUACGUUCCGUUUACCAAAAACUACGCAUAUUCUACGACUAUGUCGACGUCCACCAGCAAGCCUCCUGUGUACACGGCUACGGUACCAACUAUUCCUGAUCAGACGAGGACAGGAGCAGGUCACGAGAUCGCUGAAACGGAGCGUGAGCACGCCAUCGACAUGCUGCACUCUCUUCAGGAGCUGGAAGCGACUGCGCCGACUACUGGAGUGCACAAUGGAACUAGAGAUGGACUCAGUAUUCCACCUUCUUCCGGUCCAGCUACCUUGCACACUUUGGCUUUAUAUUUCGCUACUGCUGGCGACAAUUUUGACUCGAAUGAGACUUCGACCGAUACUGCGGUCAGAAUAGGCGACGGGGAAGGCGAGGCAGUCGUCACUACGGAGAAAUCCGCAUCGGCUGAACUCCCGACGAACCUGCUCACUCAAAAUACCGUCAAGUCGUACUCUGACCUCUUCAAUAUCAAUUCUGCCAUCCAGGCGGUAGAAGAUGUUACGACUAACACGAGGCUGGCUGAAGAAGAUGACCCUGACAAUGACCUCGACCUCCAGCAAAGCCAGGGACCGGUUAGCGGGACCAAUCAGCGCAAAAAUAACCCAAAACUACGUGAGCUCGCUCAGGUCUUUACUCACGCCUUAUCCGCCUACCUCCAAGACCCCGAAACCUUCAGGAAGGUACUGACCGAAAUCAGACCCACCGAACCUCCCACAUCAACGGGGUCUGAGUUCACUGAGAGCACGACUGUCUACCCGACCACCCAGGACGAGUAUCCAUCGGCGACUAAGGAGAAGGACGAGGUACUGGACUUUUCCGACGUGACGAAGACCUCGAGAAGGAAGAAGCUGACCACUCCAUACCCCGCGACCACUCAGACUCUCUUCACACCCGCUGAGACCACGUAUCAAACUUUGUACACUACCCCGGGUGUGAUUGACGAGUCGUUGAACGAGGCUCAGUCAAGUGACUUCCGAUCCUCGAAUGACGAGGCCAGAAAGGAUAUCGCCCAGGAGGUUAAUCAUGCGUUCAGAUCAUCCCGCAAUGACGGUAUUUUCAACUACAAUUCCGAGGCUAGCGGACCCAGUGCUCCUGCGACUGCCGACUAUGACAGCUACGUUCCAAUUGGCGCGGUGGAAUCGAGAAACCGAUUCGGCGGUUUCCAGAACAAUAGUGCGCUCACUCACUCACCGUACGGACAAGGAGUGAAGCCUGAGGGUGUGACGCCUAUCGGAGAUGGAUACGUCCCAGAGAUGACACCCGCGUCUUAUGAUCAAGUCCAAACGAACCUCUUCGCGGACUACGGAAACGUCGACAACUUUGUCAUCACCCCGGAACCGGUCGAAGAAUUCCGAACCGAGGAAUCGACCACCACGAAUCCCACCUCCUUCGCUUACCAAGAUGACAACGAGCUUUUCACUACUACCCGAAGACCCUUUAGGAUAAAUUAUUACGACACCACCACACGGAGUCCGAGGCACAACGACGAGUCGCUGGCCACCGCUGGCAGUGCCUACUCCACGUACAGCAACAGCUUCAACGAUCUUUGGAGCGGGGAAAAAUCCCCGGAGCCUCAACUGACCACCACCACAACGGACUAUCCGAGUGCCGGAACGACUCUACAGACUGAAAACGGUCCGCAGAAGUAUACUCAGCAGCCGUCGACGACUCACUGGACCGCUUCGCCGACCGUUACGAGGCUCUGGGAAACGACCGUCUUCUUCGAUCCGAAACGAAUCAACCAAGGACUGACGGGCUUAGGUGAAGACGCCGUCUUCGGCACGACGACGCCGACUCCAAGUCAGGAAACUCUGGCCACCGACUCUUCCCAGUGGCGAUGGUCUCAAAGUGAAAAUGAUUCGCCAACGGCGUUCACCCUGCUACCAACGACCUACUCGGAGAACACAGCGACGCCGUCGCCGAGCUACACGACACAUUCAAGCAUUGUAACGACCAUCACGUCGUCAGUGAGCUCGGCAACGAGUCCAAGCCUCAGUGUCGGCGCCCUCAACGUUACCGAGAACGAGGUGAUCAGAGCCCAAGAAAUUUUCGGGGCCCUUAAUUCGACCAGCUCGAGUAGGUUGAUGAGGGUGAUGAAACAGGCUGACAACAAUUCCACCGUUCGACAGCUCGUGCUGCUUCUCAUCAGCCACUGCAAAGGACCCAUGAACAAGACCAUGGAGCAGGAGAGGCAGCAGCUACUCGACGCGCUCCUCAGGACUCCCGUAAAUGACUUCAGUUCCCAGGAGUCCCGCGACAUCGUGAACGGCAUCAGCAACCUUCGCCUCUCAACCGGAAGUGGCGAUCUCCAAAUAGUCGACACCACGACGCCAGUUUCCGUCACAACUUUCCGUUCCAGAAUGAGCCGGAAGUUCAGGCCCACCACCGAUCCUCCGGCCCCGAUCGUCAGAUCGGACGACACCGAUCCGUCCGAGGCGGACAAUUCACUGUCUAUAGAAGCAGAAUCGCCCGCUGAUAAUCGAGCCCUUGAACUUCUACGCUCGCUUUACACCAUAGCUGCUAAGUGGGGUUGAGUCGUCACCUGAUCGGAUACGUUAUAUAUUGAGGCAUUAAAUCACAAUCGGUUGUAACGUAGUCGAUUUAACAAAAAGUGGGAAGAACUGUCGACGGAGAUUUGGAAAAAUUUCACACUUUUAUACGAAGAAUAUUUUUUUCUGUUUUUUUUUUUUUUUUAUUUUAUUCUUACACGAAAAAUCUUCUCUGGAAACCACCUUUUUAGACAGACAUAAUCCAUUUUCGAUUGAGACACUUCGUCAUUCCGCUCAUUUUUAUCAUGCUUUUCGCUCAUAUUAUACUCGUAUAAUGACGGCUAAGGAGUCUCUUAUGAACAUGUGCAUCAUACAAAUAGGUAUACAUAUUGUACGAGUCGCGUGAAAGUAAUGAUUCGGGCAGAUGGAAAAAGAGGAAUAAAAAUCUAGGGCAACGCAUAAUUAAUAACUCUCUGUGACACAAUGCACAAUAUUUUUAUUCAUGCAUGUUAUAUAAUACAAUACAUACACAUUUAUAAGGAGGACAGAAAUGGGUCAAUAGCGUCGCUCAGUUCGAUGCGAGUAAAUAUAAACCGAAUCAAAAGUAUAGUAUAAAUAAAUAAUAUACACGUACGUUUGGCCAACAUUCGCAAAGUACUUGUAAAAGUUACUACGUAAGUAUCGAAGUAUAAUAACGAAGUUUCAAAGCCGUUUGAAUUUGUUCAUAUUGGAUUUUACUUUAUUUUCAUCGUCAAUUAAUUUUCUUUGCCAUCGGUAGCCAGAAACACGUUCCGCGUUCUGUCGUUAAAGACAAAUAGUACCAAUGAAAAGCGCUCGAUGAUUAAUCAAAUCGCGUUGUUCGCUUUCCCUAGAGUGUGAAUAUGGUUCGUUAAUUGCAAACGACGCGAUAUGUGUAAUUGAAGGUAUGUAAGCAAUCAUUGCAUACGUACUGAAAUAGGGUUCUUUACAUGCAUAGGUUAUUCAUUUAAAUUUAAAUAUAUAUGAAUUUAAGAAGAAUAAGAAUAUGAAAUAAGGAGGACGAGGAAAUUUCUUCGUUAAUAUUUAUAAAUACGUAUAAUAAUACUGAAUGCAUAAAUCAUCCAAUUUAUCAACAGCAUUCUGAUUAUUGCCCAGAUUCAAUCAUCAUACGUAUGAAUUUUUCAGAAAAUCAUAUGUAUGAUGCGCGUAAUUAUUUUACUUUGAGAAGAAAUCAGAUUUUCAAGUUUCGCACUAUCGACAGUCUCAUUGAAGAUGCAUUUGUUGUUAUUUUCGUUUCAAGAACUCCUGAUUUUCAUAUGGGAAAAUAAAGAAUGAAACAAAAUUGAGAACAAAUUUUGUAACAAUUGGCGGUUAAUUAAUAACGUAUGGAAAUUUGGAAAAAAGAUGGAAAAAACAUAAAUUGAUGCAAUGUAUACACACCUACGGAAGUAUGCGAACUGUAGCAG